AUGGCUGACCAGUCGAUAAUCCGUAUUACCAAGGAGCUCUGCGAUAUCCAAAAGGACUCGGAUUUGUCUCUCGCCGUCGCAUGCCGAGAUUCCGACGUCCGCAAUGUCAAAGCCUUAAUCAUUGGGCCUCACGAGACACCUUACGAGUUUGGCUUCUUUGAGUUUACUGUGAAAUUCAACAAGGACUACCCCAGAAAGUCCCCGAAUGUAACAGCGAUCACCACUAAUGCUGGACGAUGCCGAUUCAAUCCCAACAUUUAUGCCAGCGGGAAAGUCUGCUUAUCAAUUCUAGGGACAUGGCGUGGCGAACGCGGAGAAGAGUGGUCCGCUGCUCAAGGACUAGAGUCCAUUCUGCUUUCUAUUCAGAGCUUGAUGUCUUCGAAUCCAUACGAGAAUGAACCCGGAUUCGAAGAUGCAAACGAAGCCAGCGACAAGAAGAACCAGGCAGACUAUGUCCAGAAAAUUCGGCACGAAACCUUGAGGAUCUCCGUCAUGCAGAGGAUGGAGGAAUACCUAGGGCUCGCCCCCGAUGGCACGCCGUCCGCGUCCGCAAAGUCCGCAGCCGACCAAGAGGAUAACGACAUUGACAUGCAAGACCUCGAUGAGACUAGCGUCCCGUUUGAACCGUUCAAGGAUCUCUGCAAGCAACGCUUCCUGUGGUACUACGACUCGUAUCUCGCGGCGAUACAAAAAGGCAAAUCCGAGGUCAAGGACGGCCAAAACUUUUCGCGGAUGCCAUUUGAGGGCUCUAGCAAUGCGAUGGAGGGCAAGUUCAACUACUCCGAGCUUGAACGUCGUAUCCGCAACAUCAAGAAGGCCUUGGAUGCCGAACUAGAAAUGUGGGCUGCCGACGGAGCGAAGGAGAACGCCAAAGAGGGAACGAUUGCGGUUAACCUCCAAAACCAAUAUGAGCAGGUUAUUGAAGCGUUCAAGGCCGAUGAUGUUCCCCACCACGUUCAACUGGAGAACGGCAACCCCUUUGUCUGGAUCAUCACGUACUUUGGCCCGCCCAUGACGAAUCUUGAUGGCGGCCUAUUCAGGAUCAAAAUGCACUUUAGCCCUCGCUUCCCUGAAGAGCAGCCUCGAGUGCGCAUGGAAACGAAGAUUUUCCACCACCGAAUCGCAGCUGACGGCACGAUAUGCUACUUUCCCAAUUAUUCGAAGCGCGAGGACGUGCGAUCUCACAUUGCCUCCAUCGUUGCGGCCCUCGAGGAAGAAGACCCCGCCUAUGACCCGCGAACCCUCGUAAACCCCGAGGCGCACACGCUAUAUUGGGGGAAGCCGGAGGAUAGGAAAGCAUAUAACCGCCGUCUUCGUCGGUCUGUCCAACAAAGCAUGGAGGACUUCCCUGAAGCCUAG